AAUGGAAAGCUCUCCUGAACACACGUGACUAACACGGAAGAAAAGGGUUUUCGCUCCUCAAGAACAAACAUUAGCUGUUUCUGUUUACAUACAGCCAUGAAUGCGUGUGUGUGCUAAAUGCACAUGUUAUUUCCAGCGGAGUAAGUUUCCUCUCUCUGCAUAUAUGUAGGGUUCAUAUUUGUCUCGGACCUUUUCUUUCUGCGAGUCUGUUUGUGUUGACAAGCUACUGCGCGCUAACCCGCCACCAAUGGAAGUCCAUGCGACCGAUGUCUAGCAUAAAGUUGCUCCUUUAGGUUAAUAAAACUCCAUAAUGCCACUUGUACAAGCCAACCAACCGCAGCUAAUUCGGUCCUCUCAGAAGGACGCAUACUAUCAAAGCAGUCUGAGGAAUAACGCCAGCGAAGCUUUCCAAACGGCCGCCGGUUCCAGACGAUGGCUGCAGUGGAGGAAAGAAAUCGAACUGCUGUCAGACCUCACAUACUACACCCUAACAACUCUCUCAGGAUAUCAGACAUUAGGUGAGGAGUAUGUCAGCAUUGUCCAAGUUGAUCCCACAAAACGCAGGAUUCCUUCCCGUAUGCGCAGAGGGGUGCUCAUCCUUCUUCACACCUUUGUACCAUACCUUCUGGACAAGCUUCUAGUCUGCAUCGAGUGUGAGCUGGAGGCUGGGGAGCAGGACUCUCAGAAUGCCCAGCGAGAGAUAACAUUAACCUGGAACCCAAUGUCUUAUGUGAAGGCAUGGAUACACAAGGCUGUUAGGAUGCUGAAUGAGCAUCAGAGGAAAUCUCUAAAACCUGUGGUCUUUGCCGUGCAACAGGGAGUCACUAUCUUGCACAGCGUGCAUGUGGCACUGUUCUAUAUUAGUGGUGCCUUUUAUCAUCUGGCCAAGAGGACAACAGGCAUCAGAUAUCUCAGAAUGCAAGGAAUGGCAGGGGAUGACAAAGUCAUCCGUAACAGCUACCGGCUUCUAGGAGCGGUCUCGCUCCUGCAACUGGCCAUCACACUGAUGCUGCAAUGUAACAAUCUGAGACAGAGGCAGCGUGCCAGGCAGGAGUGGAAACAACACAGGAACCUUCCCUCAAGUCCCCAGGUGGGCCGGUCACCAUCUUCUCGAGCCGCCCGCUGUAUCUUGUGCUUAGAGGAGCGAAGACACCCCACCACAACCCCCUGCGGCCACCUCUUUUGCUGGGAGUGUAUCACAGAGUGGUGUAACACUAAGACGGAGUGUCCUCUGUGCCGAGAAAAAUUCCAGCCUCAUCGUUUGGUUUAUCUGAGGAGCUACAAGUAGCUGAAGACUAUGUACAUCACAAUGAGACAAUGAUUGAGAACUUAGUUUCCUUGACAGUAUUAAUUUGCUCCCAUCUAUUGCUACAGAAAUUAAUGUAUUCUUUACAAUUAAUUGUAUUUAAAAUGAGAAAUACAUUUAUAAGAACUGUUUAUGUUGCUGUUUUUUAAUUACUGAAAUAAUCUAGUUACUAUAAUGGCUCAUGAGGCACCUAAUGCACAUCUAGGUUCAUUGGUAGGAAGUGCAGACAUGGAAGAAGUGGAAUUGCCCAUUAACGCAAUAAAUGAGAGAGAAAAAAUGAUAAGAGUAAGUAAUAAUCAUUUCCAGGCAGAGAGUCUAUGUUGUGAAUUAAUGAGCAUGCAGGAGGUAAAAUUGCAGCUUUGGUUGCUAAAGUAUCAAAAAGACAGCAGCUUCAAAACUGGCAUACCAUUUGACUGUCUUUCAAGACACAGAGUGAAUUCUUUGUUUUUCAGGCCAUUCCUAUGGCCAUUGCCAGAGUAUUUGUAUGUUAAUUAGCUACAAGCUGGCCACCAAGCAAUGGUAACUUAAUUUUCAGCAUUCACACACAAAUUAAUACUACUCUGUGCUCCAAGUUUGGGGGUGCUUUUUGGUUUACUUAAGGUUGUGAGCCUGUAAAUGCACACACAUUUAAUGCUGUUAAUCCUGCUUGUCACGUCAGAGGUUUAUUUAUUAAAUGUGAGUGGAAAAUCCGGA